CUUCCGUCAACAAAGGGCGCUGUGAACGCUCAGGGUCCGGAAUGUGACCCCGACUCAAGCUGCAGCAGUAGCUUCGGCUGCUGCGGCUGCGGCGGUGGUUUCGGAGGCUCCGGGGUCUUUGCAGGUUGAAGAAGAGGACCCGAUCCCCUCCCUCCGCAGUCUUAAGAAGCUGGCCCUGAAACAAUGGAGGAGCGGAAAGUGAAGAGGAGGAGUCCCAAGUCUUUUAGCGCCCACUCUACUCAGGUCGUUAAUGCCAAAAAAAAUGCCAUUCCAGUUAGUAAAAGCACAGGGUUUUCAAAUCCUGCAUCACAGUCCACUUCACAGCGACCAAAGUUAAAACGAGUGAUGAAAGAGAAGACAAAACCUCAGGGUGGAGAAGGAAAAGGUGCUCAGUCAACUCCAAUUCAGCAUUCCUUUCUUACUGAUGUCUCAGAUGUUCAGGAGAUGGAGAAGGGACUUCUAAGCCUUUUGAAUGAUUUCCACUCUGGAAAACUGCAAGCAUUUGGAAAUGAAUGUUCCAUUGAACAGAUGGAACAUGUUCGGGGAAUGCAGGAGAAAUUAGCUCGCCUGAAUUUGGAGCUCUAUGGGGAGUUAGAGGAACUUCCUGAGGAUAAGAGGAAAACAGCUAGUGACUCCAAUCUGGAUAGGCUUUUGUCUGAUUUAGAAGAAUUGAAUUCUUCCAUGUAUCCUUUGCCUAAUUACAACAAUGAAAAGUCUACAACUUGUAAUUUCUGGUGUUAAAUCUCAGCCUUCCAACUGGACGAGAAUGUCUUUGAUGGCAGGGCCCGUGUGUGUACAUUUUGGCAACCUCUCCCAUACAUAUAUUCCUCGCAUUAGUUCUCCAUACAAAAACUCCAUUUGGCAGAUGCACAAGAUGUUCCAAAUACUUCUACCAGCUAAAAUGAAAUGCAGUUGCUUUCUUGUGGUUUGAAGAAAAGCAGCAUUCUUUACUUUUCCAGCUGAAUCCAGUAGCAGAAUCAUUUUCCACAAUAAGGAAUUAAAGUAAUUAAAGUGCAAGUGCAAUGACUGUCUUCACAUACUGCUUUUAGUAAAUUUAACUUGCUGUAAUUCACUGUAACCCGGGGCCUUGGCCUUGUCAAAGGCUUAAUCAGGAAAUGUGAUGAAGAGGUUGUGCUGCUAUGCUUACUGUUGUUGCCUUCUGGGGUUAUACUUGAAAUGCAUUGUGCUAAACGUUGUCCAUAGGGCUGAAGGAUUUACCCUUGACCUCACCAAACUUAUUCCACUGUUGAUCCUCAGUUGAUGCGCAGGCUUUUUGCAGCAGCCCAGCUUCAGUUUACAUUAGAUCAUCAGUACACACACUGGUGUGUUUUCCAUGGCCAGCGAUAACAAAAUGUUCAAUGAGUAUUUGUGAAAUUUGCUAUUUUUA